UUUCACACGAACCAAACUACAAUGACGCACAAUGGACGUAAGCGUGGAAACCAAUUUGAAGGUUGACAGGAGGCGUAAAUCUGACAAGAAACUUCUCCGUAAACAAGUAAAAUCAAGUCACACUUUGUUGAAACACGAAGGAAUCAGUACUACGUCGCAGCCCUCUAAGAGUUUAGUGGUGGCAAAUGGCGGCUUGGGGAAUGGUGUCAGCAGGGAAGAGCUGUCUGCUGCGCUCAAAGAGAUGGGAGAAGUGGAGACCCUGCUUAUGCCCCCUCACAAGCCCUAUGCUUUUGUCACAUAUGGAUCCAAGGAGGAUUCUCGGAACGCCCACAUCAACUUGAAUGGCCAGAAACUACAGUGUGGAGAGAAUAGUGUGACGCUGUAUCUCAGCUAUGUUGAUUCAGUACCUUGUGAGCAGCAGGCAUGUGUUACCUUGCCAGUGGGGUUACUGUUAGUGGAAGACUUUGUUUCUGCAGAGGAAGAAGCUCUGCUGCUUGCUGCCAUCGACUGGUCGUCCACUCAUCAUGAUGUCACGGCCCAAAAAGCUCUGAAGCACAGAAGAGUCAAACACUAUGGAUUUGAAUUUUGCUAUGACAACAACAAUGUGGACAAAGACAAGCCAUUAGCUGCAGAUCUUCCUGCGGAAUGUUUACCUAUACUGGAAAGGUGUCUGCAGAAGGGACAUAUCAAAUUCACGCCCGACCAGCUGACUGUAAACCAGUAUGAGUCCGGACAAGGUAUUCCUCCUCAUGUGGACACUCACUCAGCCUUCGAGGACACCAUCCUGUCGCUCAGCCUGGGGGCAAAGACGGUAAUGGAGUUUCGUCACCCGGAUGGUCGCGUCGUGAACGUGUUUUUGCCAGGACGGAGCCUCUUGGUGAUGCAAGGAGAGAGCCGAUACCUCUGGAUGCACGGGAUCACUCCGCGUAAAUUCGACAUGGUGACAGCCUGUGAUCCACAAUAUGCUCCUCCUACAACAUGUGACCUUGGUGCUCUCAACCAGCUCACCUUGAGCAAGAGGGGCACUCGCACUUCUUUCACGUUCCGUAAAAUCCGACGUGGACCCUGCUGCUGUGCUUUCCCCUCCGCCUGCGACAGUCAAGGAGAUCCCUCUCCGCCGCCACCCCCUCCGCUCCCUCGAUGCCACGGUGAUGCAGCCCGCCUGGAGGAGGAGUAUGUGCACCGUGUGUACAACGCGAUCGCCUCUCACUUUAGCAGCACCCGCCACUCGCCCUGGCCUCGUGUUUGUCACUUCUUGUCCUCGCUGUCGCCUGGGAGCGUGGUGGCUGAUGUGGGCUGUGGAAACGGGAAGUAUCUGGCUGUCAACCCAGAGGUCAUUCGUGUGGGUUGUGACCGUAGCAGCACUCUCGUCCGAAUCUGCGCCGACCGAGGUUUCCAGGCGUUUGUGUCUGACGCCCUGCGUGUCCCGCUACGAACGGCCACCUGUGACGCCUGCAUCUCUAUUGCUGUCAUACAUCACUUUUCCACACCGGAGCGUCGGUUGGCGGCUGUGAAGGAAUUGGUGAGACUUUUGAAGCCUGGGGGUCGUGCUCUCAUUUACGUCUGGGCUUUUGAACAAGAGUACAACCGUCAGAAGUCCAAGUAUCUCAAAGACCGCAACCCGAGCAACAACAUGUCCGAGGAAAGACACGAGUCGGACGGGACAUCCAGCACCCAUGUCGACAACAACGUGGAAGACCUCAGCAGCAAAAGACCUGCAGAUGGUAGUAAAGUGACCGACGACAAACUUAGUGUUCACACCAAUCGCACAGCCUUCAACGCUCAGGACCUUCUGGUUCCGUGGCAUCUGAAAGAGGUGAAAGAAAAAUGCAAAAAGGAUCUGAAAGACUCCUGUCCAAACAGUACCGACUCCGAGACGUUCUCCAGCAUGAGUUCCCACAGUAUCCCCGAUAGUAAUCAUGAGUCACAGCAUCAGAGCGGCCCUCCGCCUGUCUUCCACCGUUAUUACCAUGUGUUCCAGCAGGGAGAGCUAGAGCAGCUGUGUGUGCUGGUGGAGGGAGUGAGGGUGCUGAGUAGUUACCACGACCAGGGCAACUGGUGCGUCAUUUUAGAGAAGCACGUUGGGAAACAGAAUGUAUGACCGUAGAUGCAGUCAAAGAUGAUUUAUUCAACCAUGCGGAGUACAUGAUGCAAUGAGAAUGUCCCCAGUAAAUAUGGUGCAGCCAAUUUUGAACAUUUUUAACAAAAGUAAGAGGAGAAGUCAUGGUCACUUCCAGGUUUAAGCAGGAAGAUGAUGGGAACAUACAAUUUUUGACUCUGGGGCAGACGAAACGAUUCCGUUGUGAGUCAAAUAUCACCAAGAUAAACUCGUGGAAUGUCAUAUCAAUGAUUGUCUGUUGAAUGAAGAGAGAAUGUUUAUAGAGAUGGAAUCUACCAUUUAAGUUCUGGGGCGGUGGUGAACAGUUCUAUAAUGCCGAGCAAUUCUACACCAUUUACAGUAUUUAUACAAGUAGUUCAUUUGGUGGCACCAUUGUGCCUUGAAUUGUCUUGAAAAACGAAUGAUAAUAGGCAGAAUGAUAACUGGAGACAUUCCCGACAAUGUUAAUUGGAGAGUUGUCAAACAAGAAUGUUGGAUUUAUUCAACUUGUCCGUGAUUAGUUCAGCAGCUGUCAUACUUUGAGAACAGGAACAAAGUUUUAACUUUGUGCUCUGAAGAUAAAGUACAUUGCAGGUACUAUCGAGGUAUCAUACGAAUUGCAUCAUAUAUUUGAGCUACAGUAUCGUUCAUUCAUUUUCUUAUUAAAAUGCUAUUUCAAAUUGUGAAGGUGUGCUCUGUGUAGCCACGGUGUUUCUGCUAUAAUAUACCAGAAACACUGUGGCCACACAGUAUACUGUACAGAAUAACAGUAAACCUCUUGAGCCAUGAGUGUGCUGGAUACAUGUUGCAGCCCACAUUGUCGGGUUGGUAAUUAGCCACCGACUCUAAAUUACCCCUGUGAUUCCUAGGGGUCCACUGGGACCCACGUACAGUGCACACGUGGAGAUGGAUUACUGUGUGUGUGGAUUCACGAUAUUUGUUUGUGCACUCCACGCGCAUGCACAUCAUCUUGACAUUUGGAGAGACUAGAAUUUUAGAUGGGUCUGCCCCAGGUACGUCACAUUGAUGCAACCGCAUACACAACAUUUAAGAGUUGAAGUACAUUUAUGUAUACGACAUGUCACCCAGAUAAGGGUGAAUUGGAUUUUGUGUUAUUGUACAUGCCGGCUGCAACCUGCAUAGUCGCUGUUGGUUCAAUGUAAUUUACACUGCGUGACACAUGAACAGUGGAAACAGGAUGCACCUGAGCUUAAAUUUCAGCUUCAUGGCAAAGGGUGUGAAUACUUGAGUACGUAUGAUUUGUUAGUUUUUUUUUUUUUUAAUAAACUUGCCAACAAAAAAAAACAUUUCAUUAUGGGGUUGUUGUGGGUAGAAUUUUGAGGAAACAACUUAUUCCAUGUUGGAAUAUGGCUAUAACAUCGAAAUGUGGAAAACGUGAAGCACUGUGAUUAUUCUGGAUGCACAGCAUAUCACACAUUCUGUAUGGACUGGUUUUAUUCCGAUUAACGCCAUUGGCACUGUAAUCAGUAAACGGCUAAACCGGAAGCCUAUGCUGCGAAAGUACCCGAGCUUUGUGCUCAUGACGCAGCACAACAUAACCUAAAUUCCCCAGAGUUAAACGCUAAUGAUGGAAAUUUCGGCUCUUUUUAUAGAGUCGGUUCUUUUGGCUCGCCUCACUAAAAAGAAAAGCCCCCUUUGGCUCCCAAGUGACUCCUCAGAUUUUUUUGUCUGAAUUUGUUACCAAAUUAUGUGAAUUGUGUAAAAUGAAUUAUUAAUUUAAAAAAUACAUCAAAUGUUUAUUUAAAUUGAUUUAGUUACACCUCAAUGAACAGCUACAAAAAUAUGUUAUCUUAUAAAAUGCAAAAAGACUAAGUGAAAAUGGGUCAAAUCUCUUUAUGCAAAUUUCUUACGAAGGAGCACCACUGUGUAUGUUUAACCCCGCCCCUGCCCCUGCCCCUGCCCAGUGUGGCCACAGCGCCACCACACAUCUUGACCAAUGACAUUCGUCUUGAACAACGAAAAGAAAAGAACUAAUCGGCGCCCAACGACGCGAACCGGCCCUGUCGUUAAUUUCAAAACUCUUACAGCCGAUUCGUUCGCGACCGACACGUCACUAUUAAAUGCUAUUGCGACGGUGGUUAUCAACUUACUUUGUCAAUUCCGGUUCUCGGCUUUGUACUCAGUGCACGUUUACAUAAAAAGGGGAGAUGAUGUUAUUGUACUAAUGUUCAAAAAUGGAACAAUCCCGGCCAGUGUAUUUUACACAAGAGGACCAAGUAAUUAUUAUGGCGUGUUAUGAGAAGUUCAAAAAGAUUAUCACUGCCAAAAGCAACACUUUCACCAACAUUUUACAUGUUAACCCUUAUCCAUUUAAAAAAUAAACUGGAGCGACAACUGUCUUUUUCCAUCUUCAUGUAUAUUUUCAUAUUUUACUGCUCUGAAUUAUAAACUGCUGUACCUCGUGGUGACCACCAGAUGGCGCUGUUUACGUGUUCUGUGGCCAGGUUUUCCUUUGUCACAUUCAAGAUUCAAGAUUCAAGAGUUUUAUUGUCAUGUGCAUGGUAAAACAGCAGUUAUACCAUGCAAUGAAAAUCUUAUUCUGUUCAUUCUCCCAAGAAAAGAAAGAAAACACAAGAAAGAAUAAGAACAUAAGAAACAAACAUAUAUAC